GUGUUUUCUUUUGUGUGUUUUCUUUCUUGUGUUUGUGUUUGCUUUUGCAGUUACCGACUAACACAGCUACCCCUCUGGAAUUCAAGAGGGCUAUCAAUCUGUGUGCAUGGACUUUGCAGAGACAUCCUCCUCCCCCUUUGCAAGCUUAAGCGAAACAGAGGGCUUCAGAUAUUUAGGAGCAAAUCAGACAAAAUUGAUUUAUUUGGUUAAACAGCAGGAGUCGUACAAUUACACUUGAGAGCCCCCAGAAGACGUGAAACCAAGAAGUCAGAACACAGUUUCUUUGUUCAGAAGCUGAAGCACCAUUUUAACUGGAUUGAAAUUUCGAGGAUAUUCCACAAUAUUACUCCAGCGGGAAUCUGUUUUUCCUGUGUUGUACCUGACAGAAUCAAAGACUGCUUGCAAGAUGGCUGGAAAACCCAAACUGCACUACACCUGUGGGAGAGGGAAAAUGGAAUCCAUCCGCUGGCUACUUGCAGCAGCUGGAGUGGAGUUUGAGGAACAAUUUAUAGAAACAAAAGAAGACUUGGAAAAAUUACGUAAUGAUGGAGUCCUACUCUUCCAGCAAGUCCCCAUGGUGGAAAUUGAUGGCAUGAAGAUGGUGCAGACACGAGCUAUCCUCAGCUACAUUGCAGCAAAGCACAAUCUCUACGGGAGAGAUCUGAAAGAGAGAGCAUUGAUUGACAUGUAUGUGGAAGGAACCACUGAUCUGAUGGGGAUGAUUAUGGUUCUCCCUCUCCAGCCACCUGACAACAAAGAAAAGCAAUUGGCCCUAGUAAUUGAGAGAGCCACAACCAGAUACUUUCCAGUGUAUGAAAAGGUAUUAAAAGACCACGGACAAGAUUUCCUUGUUGGUAAACAGUUUAGUUGUGCAGAUGUACAACUGCUUGAAGCUAUUCUAAUGACAGAGGAGCUGAAGCCAGAUAUUCUCUCCAAAUUCCCACUGCUGCAGGCCUUCAAAACAAGAAUCAGCAACAUUCCUACCAUUAAGAAAUUCUUGCAGCCUGGCAGCCAGAGAAAACCCAUACCAGAUGAGAAGUUUGUGGCAAAGGUCCGGAAAAUCUUCAGCAUAUGAAAGCAGCAACUGUGAAGAUCAUUGUCUCAGAUCCAUGCUACUUGUCUACAUAUACUACCCACUAUAUAGCUCACGUUAUGUGAAAGAUUAGUUCAUAAGAUAGUGUUUCCUCUUAGGUUUUAUAGUUCCUAAAACUGUUCUGGAAAGUGUUAACAAAUGCUCGUUAUCCAAAUAAGUAGUUUACCUAACCACUCUCUUGUAAAAGCACCAGUACUUUGAAAACUCACUUCACAUAAGCAGCAUCAAGAGUGUGGUAGUAUCUGUCUCAAAAGGCUUAGCCUAAACAACAAAUAUUUAUAUACUGCUUUUCAACAAAAGUUUCCAAAGCAUUUUUCACAGAGAAAUAAUAAACAAGAUCUCUGCCUCCAAAGGGCUCACAGUCUAAAAAGAAACAGAAGAUAGACACCAGCAAGAGUCACUGGAGGGAUGCUGUGCUGGGGGUGGAUAGGGCCAGUUGCUCUCCCCCUGCUAAAUAAAGAGAAUCGUUUAAAAGGUGCCUCUUAGCCCAGUUAUAGCAGGGCUAACUGAAUAAACGACAUGGCAUCAGUAAAGCUUAAAUGGUUAAGAGAAAGUUACCGCUAACUAUUCCUUGCUUGUGGUUUCUUUAACGCCAAACACAUAAUCGUUAUUGUGUAGUAAUUCAGUCAUUAACAAAAUGAUAUGCUUUAAUUAAAUACAUUUCUCUCUC